UGUUAUUGCCUACAUUCACACCAAACAAUAACCCCAAAAACAUGGCGACCGUGUCCAAUUAAAAAAGACAAAAACAAAUUUGAAAACGACAAAUGUACGGACAACUUCGUGAAAAAUUCAAACUGACCGAAAGACUACUGGUGAUAGUGCUUGUGCUGGUGUUCAUUUGGGUCUGUCAGGAAAUUCUGUAGACAUGUCAAAACACAAGGUGUCUUAUUUCUUCAACCCCGACGUCGGGAACUUUCACUACGGCACCGGACAUCCCAUGAAGCCGCAUCGCUUAAGCGUCAUACACAGUUUGGUCCUGAACUAUGGGUUGAACAAGCACAUGCAAAUCUACAGACCAUACAAGGCUAGUGUGCAUGAUAUGUGCAGGUUUCACAGCGAUGAGUAUAUUGAUUUUCUCCAGCGUGUGACACCACAGAAUAUUCAGGCAUUUACUAAACAUCUAAGCCACUACAAUGUAGGGGAUGAUUGUCCAGUUUUCUAUGGUCUUUUUGACUUUUGUUCAAUGUAUACUGGCGCCAGUUUAGAGGGGGCAAUGAAAUUGAACAACAACCACUGCGAUAUCGCCAUUAAUUGGUCAGGGGGUUUGCACCAUGCUAAAAAAUUUGAAGCUUCAGGCUUCUGUUAUGUGAAUGACAUAGUGAUCGGCAUUUUGGAACUGCUCAAAUACCACCCCAGAGUGCUAUAUAUAGACAUUGACGUGCACCAUGGCGACGGGGUGCAAGAGGCCUUUUAUCUAACAGACAGGGUGAUGACAGUAAGUUUCCACAAAUAUGGCAACUACUUUUUUCCCGGGACUGGAGACAUGUACGAAAUCGGGGCGGAAAGUGGGCGGUAUUAUUCGGUAAACGUGCCACUGAAAGAGGGAAUCGACGAUCAGAGUUACUGGAUGGUUUUCAAGCCUGUAAUAUCAAAUGUUAUGGAAUUCUUUCAGCCGACUGCGAUCGUCCUUCAAUGCGGCGCCGAUUCUUUGGCCAACGACAGGUUGGGCUGCUUCUCCUUGAGCACAAAAGGACAUGGGCAAUGUGUGGAGUUUGUGAAGAGUUUAAAUGUUCCUACUUUGGUAGUUGGAGGUGGAGGUUACACACUGAGAAACGUAGCAAGAUGUUGGACAUAUGAAACCUCACUGCUAGUGGAUGAACAAAUCUCCAAUGAACUCCCAUAUACCGAGUACCUCGAGUUUUUCGCCCCUGAUUUCACUCUCCAUCCGGAAGUUGUCACACGAACAGAAAACGCAAACAGCAAACAAUAUUUGGAGGCAAUCACCAAAUUCACAUACGAUAAUUUAAAAAUGUGUCAACAUUCGCCCAGCGUUCAAAUGCAUGACGUACCGGGCGAUAUGAUUAAAGAGGACGAAAAAGUGAAGGAGGAAGACGAUCCUGAUGUAAGGAUCAGUCAGGAUUUGGAGGAUAAGAUGGUGGAGGCGAAAAAUGAAUUUUAUGAUGGGGAUAGAGAUAAUGAUAAAGAUGAUGUUAAGACUUGACAGUAGAUAUUAAGAUGGAAAAGUAAUAUUCCGUUAGAUUAAGUGCAGUUGUUCACUGUGUGAUAUUUUAUGUCCUUUUAUUAAGCUAUUAAAGAAAUUCGUGUCUUA